CUUGCUUUCUCUUCCUUCUCUCUCUCACAGGCGGCAGGAGCUGGCGGCGGUGCCAGGAGGGGGAAGGCGGGGCGGCGGCUGAGUGCUGGCAGGGGCGCGUGGGCGCGGGAGGAAGGCGGCGGCGUGGGGCGGCAGGCCGGCGCGGUGUGCAAGCUGUCGGAUCUCCACAACUCCACCGGAGAGUACGGUGCCGAGCGACCCCUCUCCCCCUCUCCGCGGGCCGUCUCCCUUUCCUCCCCUUGGAUCUUCACCGUGGGUGAGCCCCCCUUCCCUCCCUGGACCUCCGCAGAAUCUCUCGGUGAGGUACUGGGUUGAUGGCUACAUCAGAGACAGUACAGGAAAAUUUGGCACUGGAUUUCUGUCAACCCAUUAGACCCCGGGUCCUUCUUGCUGCCUCUGGUAGUGUUGCUGCUAUAAAAUUUGAGAGCCUUUGCCGUAGCUUCUCAGAGUGGGCAGAAGUCAGAGCCGUGGCCACCAAGGCUUCGUUACAUUUUGUUGAUGGAAAAUCGCUGCCUAGCGAUAUUAUUCUUUACACUGAUGAUGAUGAAUGGUCUACCUGGAAGAAGAUAGGGGAUGAAGUUUUACACAUUGAACUGCGAAAAUGGGCAGAUAUGAUGGUGAUUGCGCCAUUAUCAGCUAAUUCCCUGGCUAAGAUUGCUGGUGGCUUAUGUGACAACCUCUUGACAUGCAUAGUGAGAGCAUGGGACUAUAGUAAACCGCUAUUUGUUGCCCCUGCUAUGAACACCUUCAUGUGGAACAACCCAUUCACCAACCGCCAUCUUGAGACAAUUAAUCAGUUAGGUAUAUCUUUGGUCCCUCCCAUUACCAAAAGGCUGGCUUGUGGUGAUUAUGGUAAUGGUGCAAUGGCUGAGCCUUCUGAGAUCAAUAGCACUGUCAGGCUUGCGUGCAAGAGGCAGCCACUUAAUACAAAUAGUUCACUUGUGGUUCCUGUCAGCAGUAUUCCCCCAUCUAGCUGAUACGGCAACAAUUCUUCUGUUCAAGUUUAAGCUCAGAACCUAGUUUUCUCUAUGGCUCAUAUCUGUCGUGUUAAGCAGUGAUAGUUGCAAAAUGAAAUGUUGACAAGUGAUGUCUAUAUCGACCAAUGUAGCACCUUUUUUUCGCCAGCUGUUGUAUUAGUGAUAUGUUAGGACAGAGAGAUUGGAGAAAGGCAACAAUUCUUCUGUCCAGCACUUUAAUGUUGCUUUUCCUAAUUUAGUGACAUAAUGCUAAGCUGCUGAUGAGUGAUGAAUAUUCUCAUGUUGUACCACUAAAUCUUGCUGCGAAUGUUUGCAAAGACUCGUGGUGGGAUAAAAAUGCAGGAAGCUGUUCUGUCAUCCUUGCGUGUUCUUCAGCAUGACGUACAGUGGAAGGUGAACUUGUCUGGUGUGCAAUGGCUGUACUUUCCUGCUUGGUUACGCAGCCGCCUUGCUUGGACAUGACGGCUUACCUGUAACCUUUGUUUCCAUCCACAUUUCUGUCUUGUUGAUGGCCGAUGAUUUGUCGCAUGGAUCGCCUCAAGCAGAUAAAAAGCUGUGCACCUUAGCAGGUGCAGGAACAAACUGAAGAUGACAUGUGGCAGGCAAAGCCAUGUCAAUGCAAAAAAUGGUGACUACGCAAGAAGAUAAUGCCAAGUUCAGAUAAGCAUUCGGCUGGGGAUGGCAACAAGCAGAGCUGAAGGUGGCGUUUCAUGGUCAGUCAUCAUCUGUACUCCAAAGGAUAGGGUGAUGAUAAAGUUCAUCAGUCAAUUGGAAGACGACUGUUCAAAACCGACUCCUUUGGAUAAUUCUGCCAAUAUGGUAUGGAUGGUGAAGUUCAGUGAGAGUAGUAACACAUAAAAUGCCAUAAACACAGUUAUUUAUUUCGUAUCAACCAGCAUGUAGCUCAUGCAUAUGGUUGGCCAUGGCGUACGUCGAAAUAGUAACACGGUAGUGUUGAAGUUGAACUGCAUGCGACUGCUUGUCCUGAACUGAUCUAUGUUCUUCCAGCCAAAUUGAUUGAAAAUAUAACAAGAAAAAACAUAAAAUUCCCCCACACUUGUCAUCUUUAAGA